AUGAUUGGAAAAGAUAUUGGCAAUGCUUGUGCAAAAGAAACAUUGAAAGCAAUAAUUGAGGAUUUGAAUGGAGAUUACUUUGGUAUAUUAGUUGAUGAGUCAAAAGACAUCUCUCACAAAGAACAAAUGGCUCUUGUUUUGCGUUUUGUUAAUAAGAAUGGUGAAGUAGUUGAACAAUUUAUCGGUCUUGUCCAUGUUAGUGAUACAUCGGCAUGUUCAUUGAAGAAAGCGAUUUAUUCUUUGCUUUCCAUUCACUCACUAAGUCCAUCCAAAAUACGUGGACAAGGUUAUGACGGGACUAGUAAUAUGAAAGGAGAGAUAAAUGGGCUCAAAAUUUUGAUUAUGAAAGAUAGUCCAUCGGCAUAUUACAUUCAUUGUUUUGCUCAUCAAUUGCAACUAACACUUGUGGCUAUUGCUAAAAACCAUUUGAAUGUUGAAGAUUUUUUUUAUCAUGUUAGUAAUGUGUUAAAUGUGGUUGGAGGAUCUUUCAAGUGUAGAGACUUACUCUGUGAUCACCAAGCUAAAAAGUUAGAGCAAUUAUUUGAAUCUGGUGAAGUUCAAAAAGGCCAAGGAUUACAUCAAGAACAUGGGUUUCAAAGACUAGUCUUUUUUGUUGUCAUUGAUGUGCAACUUCAAGAGCUUAAUGACCGUUUUGAUGUAGUGAGUAGUGAUAUGCUUCUUGGGAUGGGUAGCUUGAAUCCGGUCAAUUCUUUCUCUAAUUUUGACAAAGGUUCUCCAACUAGCAAGGAAUUUGUGAUUUUGGCGAAGGCAUUGGUUGAAGCAAAUCUUGCGGAGACUUAUUCACUUGUUUAUUUACUUGUAAAGUUGACUUUGAUUUUACCUGUUGCUACGGCAACUGUGGAGGGAGCAUUUUCAUCAAUGAAGCACAUACAAAAUGAAGUGUGGAAUAGCAUUGAAUAUGAAAACUCGUCGAGGACAACUGUAAAUGAAUGA